AUCUCGCCGUCCCCGCCGGCCACCACACCGCCGACGAAGACACACGCUCCUCUCUCCCCUUCGCACAUCCCGGCCGCGCCACCCUCGACGGCUGGGUUGAGCUAGGCAUCUCCCUCACCGGGCCACUCGAGUCGACCUGACACAGCGGAGGGCGGCCCUAGCCCCCAGAGACAGCAGCAAGGCGACGCGCGAGAAUACCGCCGACCGGCCCGCGGGCAGCGGAGUAGCAGAUCAGGCGGGGAUUCGCGCACGGUCUGCGCCGCGGCGGCCAGAACGUAGCGUGGCCAGUGCUGCGGGGGCGGUUGCAUCUGGGUGAAUCUCAGAUAUUAGGAUGGAUGAGGUCACACAAGCUGUUGAAAACCUGAAAAAGGAGUGGAGCCAUGUAGUUACGCAACUUGAGGUGUGCAUUGCUGCAAUUGAGUCAUGUGGGAAGAUGGGAAAAGGGACAGAGGAAGCAAAUUCUCUUCCUAGGUUGAAUGGUUCUGCGCAGGAUGCACUGCAAUUACUCAAUGCACUGCAGUGCAGGCUUGAUCUUCUAGCAGAGCAGCUACCCAGUUUUGAAGAAGUGCAGUCUGGCCAGGCAACCUUAGCGUCAUGGAAGGACCAAUAUCAAAAGCUGCGGACGAGCCUCAGGAGUGCUAACUUACAAGCAAAAGAGAACAUUAAGAAAGCUGCGGAAGAAGAGAGGAAGCUGCUUCUGGGAGGAGGAGAAGAGUCCACCAUCCGGAGACGCAAUCUCCAGACAAAAGCCGGGAUGACAUCCGCUGCAGAAAGUAUUACUGAGAGCCUACGCCGAUCUCGACAAAUGAUGGUUCAGGAAGUGGAAAGAAGUGCUAAUACCUUGUCAACCUUUGAUGAAUCAUCAAGUGUGCUUCGGCAAGCUGAAGGCGAAUAUCAAGGACACCGCUCUUUGCUGAUGCGUACCCGUGGUUUGCUCUCCACGAUGCAACGACAAGAUGUUCUUGAUAGGAUCAUCCUGACUAUUGGGUUCCUCAUUUUCUCCUUGGCGGUCCUUUAUGUCGUCUCAAGACGUAUUGGUCUGCUGACACUGCAAAGGAAGCUGGCCGAUGCCAUCAGAUCAGGCUCAAUAUCAGCCGAAGACAUCGUAGCUAAAGUGCAUCAUGGACCCGCCCCAACGAAUGCUCCUCCUAGUGUUCCUCCUGUUUAUGAUGAACUUUGAUUGACUUCCAUCCAUUGUUUAUACAUCAAGAACAAGCAAGUUACCUUUGAUAUUCUUUGUACAUGUUGUCUAGAUGUUGUAAGAAGAAGCUGUACCGGUGCACCGACCUGCUGUCAGACUUGAGUUGAACACCCCAGUUCUGUUCACAUCCA